AGGGGUCCACAGUUUUUGAUUGAACCCAACAAUAGGGUUGAGUUUCUCAACGACACCCGUACUGUCAUUACAUGCAGUGCUAAAGGAAAUCCUGAUCCGAAAAUCCAUUGGAUUAAAUCCGAUGGCUCGCCAUUAGUCAACAGGGAUAGCAUAGUACAGGUGCUCACUAUUGACGGCCAAACUACUAGUCAAGUAGUUUAUAUGCCGUUUGCCGCUCACGACUACCAACAGGACAUACACUGGUCAUCCAUACGAUGUGUUGCCGUCAAUAGUGUCGGUACUAUUGAGAGCACUGACUGUCAAAUCAGAGCCAGUAUUAGACAGUCAUAUGAAGUGCGAGUUUACGAUGAGUUUGUUAUUAAAGGCAAUACUGCCAUAUUAAGAUGUGAUAUAAUACCUGUAUUUAUAAGAGAUUAUGUUUUGGUUACCAAUUGGCUAACAAAUGAUGGACUAACUAUACAUUCAAAUAUUCAAAACGGCGGCCGAUUUAGUGUGUUAUCUACCGGUGAACUUGUCAUCCAUAGUGUCGAUGCCAUCACUGAUAGUCACCGACAAUAUCGAUGUCAGACUAAACACAAACUCAACGAUGAAGUGAAAGUCAGCGCCAAUUCCGGACGUAUUAUAGUUACCGAGUCACAAUCAAAUUUGUUGCCAAAAAUUACUAAAAGUCUAACACAAGUGUCAGCCAUUGUCGGCCAAACAGUUGAACUGUUAUGUAGUGCACAGGGAUAUCCACCACCACAUGUAGUCUGGUAUCGGUUUAAUCAUAAAUCACAACUAUUGGACCGAUUGUCGGCCAUAGCUAGUAGUGACCAGAAAUUUGUAUUCAAUUCAUUGUCCACUCGUUUAUCGCAAAUCUAUUCAUCACUUAUUAUAAAAUCUGUUUUAUUGGACGACUCGUCAAAGUAUGUCUGUGUGUGUAAUAACAGUGUGGGUCAGGACACCAGUCAUACACAGCUUAUAGUCAGAGCACCGCUAAGUGUUAGCAUAAAUCCAUCGCAUUUGAUGGUAGGAGUGGGCGAUUCAGUUGAGCUUAACUGUAGUAUUACCGGAGCACCGGUAGGCCAUGUGAUCUGGAAAAUGAAUGGCAAACCAAUUGUGUAUAAUAAUCGCAUUAAACUAUAUAAUGAUCGUUCAUUACAUAUCAAACAAAUUGAUGCCAUAGAUCAGGCUAUGUAUCAAUGUAUAGUCAGUAAUGAUUGGUCGAGUAGAUCGUCCAGUGCUGAGAUCCAUGUGAUUAGUGACGGACCGCACUUUGUCUAUACAUUUCCACCGAUGGAACCGCUGUCGCCGGGCGUCGACCUAUCGCUCAAAUGUUCGGCAAAAGGUCUACCGUUGCCUCAAAUCAUUUGGACGGUCGACGGACAGCCCAUUACCGAUAGCUGGCGAAUACGUAUCGGCGACUAUGUUAGCAGUGAUAGUGUUGUCAACAGUUAUAUCAAUAUAACUAAUGUCCGCACAGAUGACGGAGGACUAUAUAAAUGUUUGGCAUUUAACGGUAUAACUAAAGCCUUGCAUUACAACCGAGUAGUGAUUAGGGGACCGGUAUUUGUGCGAAAGUUCAUACAUAACAUUACGGUCAUUGCCGGCCAAUCACUACAAGUUGAUUGUCCGGCAAACGGUCAUCCCAUACAAUCGAUACAAUGGUUUAUAAACGAUGGACACCAACAGUGGCAUAAAUUGCCGCAAAAUCAUCGGCAAAAAAGUCUAACCAACGGUACAUUAGUUGUCGAACUGAUGGACAGUCAUACUGAUGAGCACUGGUACCGGUGUUUAGUGAACGGCAGCUCCGGUAGUUCGGCGCACAGCGAUGUCUACAUUGAGGUAUUAGUUGCCCCGGUGAUUGCACCGUUUUCGGUGUCGCCUAAUCUCCGGGAAGGUAUGCGUCAAUUGCUUACCUGUGCUGUCGUUGAGGGCGAUCCACCACUCAGUAUAGAGUUUCUCAAAGAUGACGUACCCGUACGGCAAUUGUUGACCACACGGGACGACAAGUUUUCCGCCAAUAGGAUUAAGUUGAUGUCAAACAAUAUGUUUUCGACGACACUAUUCAUAUCCAAUGUUACGGCCGACGACUCCGGUAACUACACGUGUUUGGCGUCCAAUAGAGUGGCCAACACUUCAUACUCGACAAUACUAACUGUUUUAGUGCCACCCAAAUGGAUAAUCAGUCCGUCAGAUACCGAAGCUAUUGUCGGCCAACGAGUAGUGAUGGACUGUGUUUCAAGCGGUCACUCACGUGUUUGGUGGGAACGAUCGGAGCUCCGGGAGGGACAGCUCCGGACAAUCAUCAGUAACUCACACAUGCAUUCACUGUUCAACGGCAGUCUAGCCAUCAAUGAUGUCCAACUCGAUGACGAGGGUGUCUAUCUGUGUCAGGCCAACAACGGUGUGGGCACCGGUAUCAGCAAAUUGGUUACACUUAAAGUACACGUUGGCGCUUACUUUAAGACAAAGUUUGAAUCGCAAACAGUUAGAAACGGACAGUCCGUUUGGAUAGAUUGCCUAUCAUAUGGUGAACAGCCCAUCACUAUAUCAUUGACUAAGGAUGGGAUGCCAUUGGAUGUCAAACAACUUAAUAACAAUAAUAAUAAUCAUAAUUAUAAUAAUAAUAAUAAUAAAUAUCAAAUGUUACGAAAUGAGACAAACGAUAGUCUAUUGAUACGAUUAAACAUCAAAGACACGACACGUGCGGACAGUUCAUUGUACACGUGUUUGGCAUACAAUCAGUACGGAAGAGAUGAAUAUAACUAUCAGCUCAUUGUUCAGGAGUCACCAGAUAUACCAAACAAUGUGAUGAUUAGUGAGAUUACGAGCCGUACAGCAGUCAUGUCAUGGAUAGAGCCCUACUCUGGGAACACCAUUAUAACGGCCUAUCGAUUACAAUACAAGCCAUCAGUGAAUAGCUGGCAAUCAAUGACAGAUAAAAUGAUUGAAACCAUUGCCGGAAGCGAUACUUCAUUCACUAUUAGAGGACUAAAACCUGUGACCAGUUAUGACGUGCGGUUGAGAGCGGAAAACAAAUGCGGUUUCAGUUCCUAUAGUGAAGACAUACACUUUACUACCACUGAGGAAGAGCCGUCAGGUCCUCCCCAACACAUCCAAGUGUUCCCAUUGAGUGCCCGAUCCCUUGGCGUCUCAUUUACGGCUCCGACACUUGAAUCGAGAAAUGGACGCAUUAUUGGCUAUUAUUUGGGUUAUAAGUCAUUGGAUUCUUUGGACUCAAACUAUAUGUUUAAGAAGUUAUUGAUUAGUGAUGUGUCGGGUGUUGUAAACCAACGAAACGAAGUCAACAUAACAUCACUCAAACCAAACACUAAAUAUGCUGUCGUUGUUCAGGCAUUCAAUGGCAAAGGGACGGGUCCGCAAUCGGAGGAGAUUAUUGGUCAGACACUGUUAAUGGACAGACCCACAGCACCCAUACUGACCAUCGGUGAUGUCGGUUACGAUUGGAUUGAAAUGGAGUGGAAGUUCCCCGACCAGGGAUUAGACGACAAUAUCGGCAAUAAUAAUGACUCGUUGAACACAAUCACCGGUUAUUACAUAUACUGGAAAAGCCAUUCAAAACAAUGGAUUGAAAAACAGUUGCGUUUGAAGACCUAUUCCUAUACGAGUAAUGAUCUGUUAUGCGGAACAUUAUAUCAGUUUUAUUUAGUGGCCUAUAAUGCUAUCGGAAAGGGAGACGCAAGCGAUGCCAUAGCUAUUAAAACUAAGGGAUCAGCACCGACAGUACCCAAACAGGUGAAUGAUUUUAUAAUAGUAAACACGACAUCAGCGGUCAUACGACUGGAUGAAUGGCUAUCAAAUGGUUGUCCGAUCAAAGAGUUUCAAUUGAAAUACAAACUAACAAAAUAUGAGACGGAAUGGCAUAAACUGGACGCACAUCUCUGGCCCGAUGAGACCAGUCUGGAGAUACAGGCGCUCAAAGCGGGUAAUUGGUAUUCACUAUUUGUUAGGGCAGUCAACGAUGCCGGCAGUACUGAACAAGUCUAUCAGUUUGCCACACUUACGGCUCAGGGAGGUACCGUAUCUCCACUGUCCGAAAGGGAACCGCCGUUAGGUUUCGAUAGCAUUACUAUAGUUAUACCUGUGAUAUGUUCAGUGAUAGUGUUAUCUGUGAUACUAUGUGUCGGACUAAUUGUUGUCAACAAACGUAGGCCACAGUCGCUGAUGAAUCAAAACAAUUACAAUAAUAACAGUCAAUCCAUACGACAUCAUAGCCAACAGUUUAACUGUCGAGACGAUCAACUACUGGGCUCAGCCUAUCAACUAUCAGUCCUAACCAAUGAUCACAAUCAGUGCAAUCUGAAGGACAGUUAUCUGGAAAAUCAUAAUUGUGUUCAAUCGGAUAAACAAUUAUAUUUUCAAUCGCCGUACGCCUUGUCCCGUAUCGAUCAUAAAAUGUGUGUACCGUUUGACGGCUCCGGCGGUAUCGAGACUAGCGAUGUGGACGACCUGAGCUAUAUGUCAUCAACCGGUGCCACUACACAAACACCGGGACGUCAGCCGAUAACACGCGAACACGUCUACGAAAAGCCGUUUCCACCGAAAUGGGUAUAA